CGGACUGACUCUCUUCUCCAGCCCGCUGUGCUGUGCUCUCCCGCCGGCCGGCUCUUCACCUCUGUCCGCAGCCGCCAGGAUUCCUGAAAGUGGCCACCUCUUGUCGGCUUCCCCAAAGAAACAGAAGAUUAGAGGAGGAAAAAAACUGGAGGAGCACCAGGAAGUUCAGACUAUGUCAACUAAAAGAACAACAACCCAAUUGUUAGCAGAACAGAAACUGGAGUUCUUCGUAUCAUAAUGUAGUUCUUCUGACUCCCUUCAUGCAACAUCUUAGUUGACUGUUUUUGACUGAGUCUAACUGAGGGAUCAAUGGAGCAGGUCGAGGAGGAUUUGAACCUCUCCUUUCUGCUGGAACAUGAGAGAGAGAUGAUCCUGAAGGUGCUGCAGAAAGACGAGAAACUGAGGAAGCGAGAAGAGAAGAGGAUACGGAAGUUGAAGAAUGAGCUGCUGGAGAUCAAACGAAAGGGUUCCCGACGGCCCCAAGAGUUGGGCGAGCGACAGUGCGCUCGCUGUCUGAGGGCUUUGGGCCUGAUUUUCGACCGUGGAGAUCUCUGCGAGGAGUGUCAGCUGCGUGUCUGCAGCGACUGUCGCGUUGCAACUCCCAACGGACGCCAGUGGAAGUGUAAUGUUUGUGCCAAGAUCUCGGAGCUGAAGGUGGUGACAGGAGAGUGGUUCCUGGAGGAGCGGUCCAAACGCUUUGAGCAGAAAGUGCUGAGCAGUGAUGUGAUCAAACAGAACAUCCUGAGCAGCCCGACCACCGCAGACAAAAAGUCUACAGAGACCCUUUCGACCCCCUCUGAGUCCGAGAGACCUGACACCCCGAGAUCUCAUAGGAGCGCAAUACUCAUCGCUAUGGACGGUGCCAGGAGGAAAGGACGGAUGAAGAUGGAUAAAAAAGGCAGCCGACCCACCUUGAAGCCAGAGAACGGAGUCGACAGUGUCAGUGUCAAAUCUGUUUCGGAUGGAGAUGCUCAAAGCGUACGAAGUGUCCGCUCUGCUCCGAGUCCGCGUUCAAACAGGGGAGGUGCGGUGGCCUUGGAGUCCUCUGGGAUGCCCACAGUACCCAACAACCUGCGAUCCCAAACUUCAGACAGAUCAUCCACUCCCAGCGACAACCGGAGGCCUGAUGGAGCGGAGAGCGUUGCCAGUUUGCACUCCGGUGACAGCACGCCUGAGCAGAAAGCUGCCGGCAAUAACAGGAGGAACUCUGGCACUCCCACCAUUUCUGUGUCAAGGGCCUCGGUCUCAUCAGAUCACUGCCGCUCAGAGAUGGACCUAUCAGCUCCUGGUUCUGAACCCAGUGACGACGCCUUCAGUCUCAGAAGCCGUUCGGUUCCCGGGCUCAAUGAAACAGAGUUUUCUGAUGAGGAUGGGGAGGAAGACAUCGAUGCCCUGAUGUCGGCCCACAGCAAGCCUGCCAGCCGACGCCUCAGCAACGCAGUGUCAACGUCUUCCACUCCCGGCUCAGAGAGAAGGUGGGGGUACCUCAAUAUCCCUGACUCGGAUGCUGAGACUAGUAGUAUCAACAGCAUGAUGAGUAUGUACAGUGAGACUGGUGACUAUGGCAACGCCAGGGUGAGUGGUGAGAUCCUGCUGAACAUCAGCUACAGCUACAAAACUGGUGCUUUGAAUGUCCUGGUCAAAGAGUGUCACAACCUGGCAACAGGAGAUGAGAGGAGGCAACGCACGGACGCUUAUGUGAAGACUUACCUGCUGCCAGAUAUGUCACGACAGAGCAAGAGGAAGACAAGCAUCAAGGCCAACACCAUUAACCCUGUUUUCAAUGAGAAUCUGAGGUAUGUGAUCAGCCACUCGCAGCUGGAGACACGAACCCUGCAGAUCUCUGUGUGGCACCAUGACCGCUUCGGACACAACAGCUUCCUGGGAGAAGUGGAGCUGACCUUUGACACCUGGGAGUUUGAUUCCCAGAUAGAGGAGUGGUACGCUCUGCAGCCAAAGGUGGAGAACAGUAUAGACUCCACAAUGCAGUAUAAGGGAGAACUGACGGUGGUGUUGAAGUAUAUACCUGCAGAGAAGAACCUCAUGCUGCCUCUGGACCAAGUGCAAGUGAAGAAAGGAUUCCUGAAAAGCAAGAAGACGAGCAGCUUCACUCUGCCUAAAGGGGGCAUGGUUGAGCUGCUAGUCAAAGGAGCCAAAAAUCUCACCGCUGUCAAGUCCGGAGGCACUUCUGAUCCUUUUGUAAAAGGGUACCUUCUCCCUGAUAGCAACAAGUCAACCAAGCACAAGACGGCGGUGGAGCGACGCACAGUGAACCCACAGUGGAACCACACCUUCACCUACUGCGGCCUGCAGCCAGGAGACCUCAACAACGUCUGCCUGGAGCUCACUGUGUGGGACAAGGAGGCCCUGGCCAGCAAUGUCUUCCUGGGAGGAGUCAGGCUGGGAGCUGGCACAGGCAAAAGUUACGGGAACGAGGUAGAUUGGAUGGACUCAUACGGGGAGGAACAGCGGCUGUGGCAACGCAUGAUUGAAAACCCAGAAGUCCCUCACGAGUGCACUCUGAUGCUGCGAUCCAGCAUGCGCAAGUGUAACACAUGAGCGGACCCAAGCACAAACAGAGAGGAUAAAAGAGAAUAAAGGGGGAGAGGAGAAAGAGAAAGAAGUGGUGUGAGGAGAGAGCUGCAGAAGUGGAGACUCCGUCCUUCUCCCUACUUCUUUCCCUCCCCUGAGACGCCCUGUUCAGAUCCCUUCUCCUGUCCAGAGCAGCCAGUCAUGCCUUACACACUCAUCUACAUGUGCCCUCUGCCAUCCGAAGCAUCUCGUCUUGA